CUUAGCUAAGUUGGCAAGUAAAGGUUCAAAUAAACUGAUUAUGUAAAAUUGAAGCCUAUAUCCACCAUAUAUAUAGCUAAGACAAGACUUGAAGAAAGUAACAAAUUAGUUAGUUAGUUUAAGGGGAAAUGGGUGAGGAAUCAGGGUUGAAUGUAAUUGACAUGGAAGAAGCUCAACGAGCAGCUUUAUUCAGAGACUGGGAGAAUUUCAAUAAAUUCUUCGCAAAUAACAACCAGGCCUUGCUUAAGCCCAUGGAUAUGGGCUUAAACACGGCCUUUCACGUUGCCAUGGCCUUAGAGUCCACCCGCGACGCAGAACUACUGAAGGAGUUGCUGGAAAUGGUUGGCGAGGAAGAGAGGUGGCAGGCGCUGAGAAAGGCGAAUGGCGAUGGGGACACGCUUCUCCACGUGGCGGCCGCAAGUUGCAAGGAGCUUAACGCAGUGGAGUUGGUGCUCGACUACGAGAAGAAGGUGCAGGCGCCGCUGGAGGAUGAAGAAACAGAGGGGGAUUGGAAAGAGAAGAAGAUAUCGUUGGUGGAACUGAGAAACGACUAUGAGGAAACCCCGAUUUUCACGGCCUCUAAGGAAGGGAAUCUCAAGAUGCUCCAGCACGUUGCUAAAUGUGUAGGCGCUGCUGACUUACGAAAGCAUUUCUACAGAGGUGCUGACAAAACUUCCAUUCUUCAUAUUGCUAUAAUUGGACAACACUUUGAUGUUGCGGUUUGGUUGCUGGAAGUGGAUGGUAGUUUGGCUAAUGAAACGGACGAUAGCAAAUUUACGAGUCUUCAACUGUUAGCCAAGAUGCCUUUUGUGUUCCCAAGCCAUUCCCAAUUCAGCACUCUCAAAUCUCUCAUAUAUUAUUUGCUUCCGGAGUAUGAGUACCAAGAUUUUGAUCAUGAAAGCAUACGGGUUCUCAGGCAAGGGACAGAAUCAUCAAAUGGAAUUGGAAAUGGGAAUGCACACACCUCAGUGUUUACAAGAAUCAACCGUGCUAUUUGGAAGUUUUUUGCUGAAGAAUGGAUGGUGAUACAUGACAUUUGGCAGACAAAGAAGCAGCACAAGUUAGUUAUGCAUCUAACCAAGUCAUUAGUGCCAAAAGACUACUCAUGGCGAGAAACUAACAUUCAUGUUACUAGUCAACGGCAACGAACGGUGGCUGUUUUUCCAAUUUUUGAAGUCUCCGUUCGUCAAAGAUUGAUCCAAAAAAAGAGGGACAGCAGACAGGAUGAGAAGGGUGGGACGCAAAAGGUAGAUGCCACCAGUUAUAGCCCUACGCCAUUGCUCUUAGCAGCUAGCACCGGAAUUGUGGAAAUCAUUGAGGAAAUAAUCGAAGUACACCCAGAUGCCAUAAACCAUGUUGGUGUAUGUGCUUCAAGUUACAGUCAUGACACGACAACUUGAAAUUUUUCGAUUCCUAAAGACUUGCUGUGGCACUUCAAUGAUGAAGAAAUUGGCGGGUCGAAUCGGUAGAGAGGGUCGCACCUUGUUGCAUUACGUUGCACCGAUGAAGUAUAAGAGAAAGCACGAGGCCGGCGUUGUAUAUGAACUACAAGAAGAGCUCCGUUGGUUCGAGCGUGUGAGGAACAUAACCCCUUCGUACCUUCACAUACAUUGCAAUGAUGAGAAGAACCAGACGGGAAAAGAACUAUUUGAAACGGAGCAUGAUGCUAUGCUAAAGAGCGCACAAGAAUGGCUGAAGCAGACAUC